UUUUAUUCAACAAUUUACUUUAUGAUGAAUGUAUCUGUUAAAGAAGAUAUGUGUUAAUGUGUUUGAUGUAAAUAAGUGGGCUGGACGUUCAUGUGACUGAAGGAAGAAACACGCAGAACAUGUAUGAUUUCUUCAGUGUCUCUAUGAGAGACAACAGCGAUAUUUUAAGGAACAAACCACCACAACAACCAAGACGACAUGAUGCAUGGAGAGACUUUGCACGAGGUCUCCAAUAUCAGCUAUGAUUAUGACUUCAACUACACAUAUGAGGAUUAUUAUCCUUUGGUUACAUUAGAGGAGGAGAAUUUUUCGUUUAGGAUCAUCAACGCCAUUUGCUACAGUCUCAUCAUCUGCAUCAGUCUACCCGGAAACAGCUUUGUGCUUUGGGUGGUCUUGAAGAAAGUGGCUUUGAGCAGCUCUGCUGACUGCUUGCUCCUCCAUCUGACAGUGUCCGACCUCAUCUUCACCUUCACGCUGGUUCCCUGGACCAUUAAUCACAUCUGGGGAUGGAUUUUUGGAAAUCUGGCCUGCAAGUUGUUCACCUGGUACAUCUUUUUGGGCCUGUACAGCUACAUGAUGUUCCUCACAGUCAUGACAGUCCAUCGAUACGUGGCGGUGGUGUAUCCGGUGUUCGCUUCAUCUGUAGGGAAUCGUAGCAGACUUUACACGCACAUCUCCUCUGCUGUGGCAUGGUUGAUCUCUGUAGGCUUCAGUCUGCCUGAAAUGAUCUUCUCUGAAACUGUGGACGGUCCUGAUGGUGUAUUUUGUGUUCCCAACUAUAACUCAAUGUUUAUGGAGUUGUUUGGAUACUUCUCUCAGAUAAUUCUCUUUUUCCUGUUGCCAUUCCUGGUUAUUGUGUUCUGCCACACACGGAUGGGAUUUGCCAUCCUUCAGAGUCGCAUCCGAAGCAGAAAUCACGCCGUAUGUGUCAUCCUAAGCAUCGCCGUGGGAUUCUUCAUCUGCUGGGCGCCAUAUAACAUCUUCCUCUUCCUCUUGUCCUUGAGGUCUUUAGGCGUUUUUGCAUUGAGGGAAAGUGUUUGGGAGAUCAUCUACUGCAUCACUCACAUUCUAGCGUAUUCCCACUGCUGUCUGAAUCCACUCGUCCACAUCUUCGGAGGGAAGAAGUUCAGGAAUUACCUGCCAUGGAGCAGAGGUUUCCGUCGGCUCUCGCAGAGGUUCAGCACGCAAACAUUCAGCAACCCGAGCAGCUUCUCGGGCCAGUUUCAUCUCUGAUCGUGUUAAAGUGUCAUCAUGACGUCAUUUUGUUGAGGCUCUAAAGUGAGUCACGUGAUGUUUACAUUGGCUCAAAACAUUCUCAGGAUGUUCAGAUGAAUAACUGAUGGAUCGUAUAGUUUUUAUUCAUCAACAAUCAAACCAAAAAACAUGCAAGAGUGAACAGAAAUUUUAGAAUGACAAAAAAAUUAACAAA